AUGGAAGAAGAAGGUUAUUCAAAUGAUUGGUUUUUGGAUGAUAUCAAUUCAAGCUUAAACACAAUUCUCGCCAUGAUUAAAACUGACACUCAACAAUUACCUCAACUUGAGUUACUUGGACAAAUUAGGCAGUGUUUGGAAUGUUUGGCUUGCUCUUCUCCUGAAGAAAUGGCUUCGCAAAGAGUGCGGUUUGUUAGUCUUUCGUGGCCUGCCGAUUUGCGUGUUGUUCUCCAAAGGCUUUUUAGAACGUUUGGAAUACGUAAAGUUUUCUUUUAA